AGUGCCAUAUUCCCUGAGAAAUACAGUGAACAGUUCCUGUGGGCUUGGAGGGAGAGUUUGGCUGCAUGUUGAUAUGCUUCUGCUAACUACUAUGGCUUCAAAUGGAACAAAUGCGAUUUGGGAAAUACUUCAACCUAUUGAUUUUGAGGAGCUCAUCCUGGCGUUCUGCUUGUCGAUAUUAAUUGGUCUACUUAUCGGGAUCUUGAUCUUCCUCCUCCUUACGUGGAUGUCAAGACGGAGAGCUUCAGUCAGGAUUACCAGACGUCAAAACCAGUCGUCAGAAUCCAAGAGCUCACGUAACCAGCACUGCCACCUCAGACACUACAAGAGUCAUGGCUUCGACAAGAACAGUGAAUAUGCGGGAAGAACAGUUUUGAAUCUUCACAGACAGACUUCCGUAGACCCCAAUGAAAUAUUGGGUAGAAGCCCCAGCUUUCAGAACUCCACUUUUCGACCACCACCAAAAAAGACUAACAAGACUGCUGAUGAAACAGAGGAUGAUAACCAAGCUGCAUUACUUCCUAACAUCACAGAUCCAUUUAGUGCAGAACCAGCAGAGUCUUUCUGGCUGGGGAAGGGCAGUCUAAGAGGUUUCCUACCCAGACAGACUCCACCACCUGCAUAUGACAGUGUCAUUCACAUCUUUCAAGAGACUUGUACUUGACUGCACUGUGAUAAGAGACAAAGGACUUGCAAAGGAUUGUAUAUAAAUCCCAAAACACGGACUAAAUGUGACAAAAGGGGAAAAAAAUAAACAGAAGCCUUGUUCUGAUUUGACAAGGAUCUGAUCUAUCCUGUACUGACACUCAUCUGCAUUACUUUCACGGGUAACACAUUACAAUAAGGUGCUAUUAGUUAACGUUAAUGCAUUAACUAACAAUGAGCAAUAUAUUUAUUAGUAUUUUUUAAUCUUUGUUAAUAUCAUGUAAUUAAAAUACAACUGUUAAUUGUUAGUUCAUGUCAGCUCGGGUUGAUUUUACAUUUACAUUUACAUUUAUCCAUUCGCCAAACGCUUUUAUUAAAAGCGACUUACAAAAGAGCAACAAAGCAAUUUUAAGAGUCAACAACAGUCUUAAUACACAAAGCCAAGUUUACUAUACAAGUAGAUUAGGAUGUAUGAGUUAAAUGUUGAAAUUAACAUGAACGAGAUUUACUCUACAAUUGCUCUAGAAGUAUUUUUAUUGUUUGUUUAACUAAUGUAUUUAAUUAAUGUUAACAAAUUAACUCUUAUUGUAAAGUGUAACCCUUUCAUGCAGUGGUGCAAAAAUGUUGAAGUAAAGCAAAGCACUUAUAAUAAAAGAAAACUGAUCCUGAAAAUGA